GUUUUGGUUUCGCUCAUGGUUUUCCUUUGAUCGGUGAAUUUAUUCUUCUAUGUUGGGUAUUUUUGCAUUUGGAGGUGCGAAGGAGUGCUGAAGGAUGUAACGCCAGCCUGAGUUUCAUGGAGGGAUAAUGCCAGAGUUGCGAAGUGGUGCUCGGAGAGGUCUGAGGUCAAACAACGUUGACAACGUCCAGGCAGCAGACCCCAUCGGGAGUCCAGCAGUGCCAACUCCACGAGGGAGGCUUGGAAGGUUUGGAGGUGCUGCGGCUGGUAGAGUUAACAAGGUAGCAGCCAAGGGAAGAGGUAGGUCGGCUUCAAAACAUAGAGGAAAGAGGUUCAAGGCUAUUGAUUUGCAGACUGAUCUGCCUUGCAAGAACCUCCCUGAAGCCGUUGCUGGUGAGGCAGUUAUUGGCACAGCCCAGGAGGGCUUUUGUUCGAGCAAGGCAGCUGACCGGGGUCCCAGCUUAAGAAUGGAUGGUGAUAGUGGGGACAAAUUUGCAGUGGCUGAGGAUGAUGCCACAGCAACCCCAGUGCCUGAGAGGAUAACAAAACCAAAGCGAGGACUGACCACGAUGAUGAUCCAUUUCAGUGGUGAAGAGGAGCAAAAUUGUCGGCUUUGUUGUGCUUGAGAGGUUCAAGUAGGUAAAUCCCCAGAAUAUUUAACUGAUAGAAAGUUAGGAAAAGGUGGCUUUGGCCAGGUCUAUGUUGGAAAAAGAGUAUCUGGUGGAUCUUCUCGUAUGGGUCCUGAUGCAUAUGAGGUUGCACUGAAAUUUGAGCAUCGAGGUAGCAAGGGAUGCAACUACGCCCCCCCAUAUGAGUGGCAGGUUUAUCAAACUCUCAACGGUUGUUAUGGCAUUCCAUCAGUCCACUACAAGGGUCGCCAGGGAGACUACUACAUUCUCGUAAUGGAUAUGCUUGGUUCUAGCCUCUGGGAUGUUUGGAAUUCUGUAGGACAGGCGAUGUCUCCUCAUAUGGUUGCUUGUAUUGCUGUUGAGGCCAUAUCAAUUCUUGAGAAACUUCACUCAAAAGGCUUUGUACAUGGCGAUGUGAAACCAGAGAACUUUUUGCUUGGUCAGCCGGGAUCACCUGAUGAAAAGAAGCUUUUCCUGAUUGAUCUUGGUUUAGCAUCCAGGUGGAAAGAAGUAGCAUCUGGUAAACAUGUUCAAUAUGAUCAGAGGCCAGAUAUCUUUAGGGGAACAAUUAGAUAUGCUAGUGUCCAUGCUCAUUUAGGUCGUAAUGGUAGUAGGAGGGAUGAUCUGGAGUCACUGGCAUACACCCUUAUUUUUUUGAUAAGAGGAAGAUUGCCUUGGCAAGGCUACCAGGGAGAUAACAAGAGUUUUCUUGUCUGUAAGAAGAAAAUGUCCACUUCUCCGGAGAUACUGUGUUGCUUCUGUCCAGCUCCUUUCAAACAUUUUCUUGAGAUGGUCACCAAUAUGAAAUUUGAUGAAGAGCCAAAUUACCCAAAGCUUAUUUCUCUUUUUGAUGGUUUGAUAGAAGGGCAUGCUUCAAGGCCCAUCAGAAUUGAUGGAGCUCUAAAGGUUGGACAGAAACGUGGAAGAACACCUGCAAAUCUUGAGGGCGACGAACAACCUAAGAAAAAACUUAGAUUGGGAAGCCCAGCAACUCAAUGGAUUUCAGUUUAUAAUGCUAGGCGGCCAAUGAAGCAGAGAUAUCAUUAUAAUGUAGCUGAUGCAAGGCUGCACCAGCAUAUAGAAAAAGGUAAUCAAGAUGGCUUGUAUAUCAGUUCUGUGGCUUCUUCAGAAAAUUUCUGGGCUCUCAUCAUGGAUGCUGGGACUGGGUAUUGUUCUCAAGUUUAUGAGCUCUCACAACUGUUUCUGAACAAGGAGUGGAUUACGGAGCAGUGGGAGAAGAAUUAUCACAUAACAGCAGUAGCUGGAGCAACCAAUGGAAGUUCCUUGGUUGUAAUGUCCAAAGGAACUCCUUACACACAGCAGUCGUACAAAGUCAGUGAAUCAUUUCCUUAUAAGUGGAUUAAUAAAAAAUGGAAAGAAGGCUUUCAUGUAACAUCCAUGGCUACUGCUGGGAAUCGCUGGGGGGUGGUCAUGUCCAGUAAUUCAGGCUAUGCUACUCAGGUUGUGGAGUUGGACUUUCUGUAUCCUAGUGAAGGGAUCCAUCAUCGAUGGGAGACUGGUUACAGAAUAACAUCAACUGCUGCUACCCCUGACCAAGCUGCUUUUAUCUUGAGCAUACCGAAGAGGAAACCAAUGGAUGAGACGCAAGAAACUCUUCGGACAUCUGCCUUCCCCAGCAACCAUGUAAAGGAAAAAUGGGUGAAGAACCUAUAUAUUUCCUCAAUCUGCUAUGGCCGAACUGUGUGCUGACAGCUAUGUCAAAGCUCCAAGGUGAAGGCACUCGAGUUUCCAGUGGAGGCUGAAGACCUGCGAGAUGGAAGUCGGAACAAACUUGCACAUAUAGCAUCGGAUUGCAAAUGGCUGGCAUGGCCUGUUGCAGGAUCCUACUCUAGUCUAGUUGUAAAGGAUCAUGUGUUUGCGAUGCUGUAUCAGAUGUGAACCUUGCCCACAAGCUAGUUUCAUGUUUGUUAUGUGUGCUUUCUCCAAUAACCAUUGGCACAUUUAGCUUUGGCGAUAUAUGAUUCAGCUCGUAUCUUCCCUUCUUCCCAA